AUGUCUUCACUUUUAUUUUGGAACUGCAGAGGGGCUAGGAAGAGGGAAGUUCCUCUGUACUUGAAAGAGGUGGUUAAAGAUCAUGAUGUUUUUUUCAUUGGCCUUAUGGAGACUAAGAUGAGUAUUAUCAAUAGGAAGGAUGUUGAUGUUCUUAUUGGUAAGGAAUGGGAUUUCUAUCAUUUUCCUGCGAUGGGUCUUUCUGGUGUCAUCUUAGUGUUAUGGAAUAUGAAGAUUGGGAACUUUUUUAUUACUGAUACUUCUUCACAGGUGAUUGUGGGGGAUUUAUCUAUCCCUAGAAUGGGAUCUUGGAGGAUUGCUACUGUGUAUGGUAGUAGAUGUUACAAGGAGCGUGAAACUCUUUGGAGUUUAUUGAAUAAAUGUAUGGUGAGCUCUAAUCCUUCUAUCAUUGGGGGAGAUUUUAAUUGUGUGCUUAAUAAAGAUGAGAAAAGAGGUGGCAAAAGAUUCCUUUUUACCAAAGAACCUAGAGAUAUGAAGGGUUUCAUGACUAGUUGUGACUUUCACGAUGUGGGGAUUAUUGGUCCAAGGCAUCUUGCUAGGGUGGCUUCGGAUCAUAGUCCUAUUACCUUCAAGGUCAACGAAAAGGAGCGUAUAAAGUAUAAAAUCAUUAGAUUUGAAGAUACUUGGAGGAUGUAUCCAGCGGCUAGAAGCAUUGUUUAUCACUCUUGGAUGAAGAAUGACUUUGGGGAGGAAGAUCUAAAUGAACUUAAAGUAAAGCUGAAGAUGGAAAUUCUGGAACUACAAUCUGAAGAAGCUAUGGGGAAUGAUUGGUUAUCUACAUGGUGGAAUCAAAGAGCUAAAGCAAGGUGGCUUGAGGAAGGUGAUUAUAAUUCCAAUUUGUUUCAUAAUUUUGCUACGGAUAGAAGGAAUGGUAAUAGAAUAAACCAAAUUAAAGAUGCUUACAAUAUGAUGCAAAUUGAAGAAGAGGAAAGUGAAAAGGAUUUUAUUCAACAUUUUGAAUCAAAAUGGAAGAAUAGAAGCUGUCAACUAUCAGGUUUGCCCAAAAUUUUGGCUCACCAGAAGAUAAAUGAUGAGGAUAUCCAAGAUCUUAGCUCAGAUUUCUCGGUGAUGGAGCUUAAGAAGUCAGUUUUCCAGCAAAUGAACAAUCAUUCCCCAUGUAUGGAUGGCCUUACUUCCUCUUUCUAUAAGUACUAUUGGGAUAUAGUUUGGAAAGAUUUAUGGAAUGCUAUCAAUAGUUUUUUUACUAAUGGUUGUAUGAGGAAAGAUUGGAAAGACACUUUAAUUGUCUUGAUUGCAAAAGUAAAGAAUCCAUUGCUUCCUUCCAAUUACUGUCCUUUUAGCCUGUGUCAGACGAAUUACAAGGUUGUAGCUACUAUGCUAGUGAAUAGAUUGAAGAUGUGUAUGCCCAAGCUGAUUACUGAGGAACAAAUGACUUUUAUUCCUAGGAGAUCUAUCUCUGAGCACUGUCUCUUGGCACCGAAGAUUUUACACAAGUUCAAAGUUUCCAGAAAUGGAGCAAGCUUAGCAUAUCCAGGAAGGGGAUGA